CGCACAUGCUGUGCAUGCAUCGUCCUGCGCAUGCAAGCUGUCGCGGUGCAGCAGAGUGCGUGUCCCUGCACCGUAGGCUGAAAGUUCAUCAUUCAAGGCAACGUAUCUCUCUGCUCUAUCACAAUACUCCAGAUCUGCGAUGAACAGCCUUCCCACCAAUGCACAGCAGUCCAUUCCCCCUGCACCAGAGACAGACGUACCAUCAACCCCGGCUCAUUCCCUCGCCGUCUCAAGAUUAGCAGAAGACAACCCUAUCCUAUUUCAAGCCUUCGAGUGGCACACAGUCUCCACGCCUCCUCAACCUUCUGCAACCCAUGCUUCACAAACAUCCCACUAUCCCCGCCUUACCCGUCUUCUUCCUCUGCUUUCCGCUAUCGGAAUUACCUCGUUAUGGCUUCCACCUGGCUGUAAGGCGAAUAAUGCUCAAGGGAACGGAUACGACUGCUACGACUUGUGGGAUCUGGGCGAGUUCGACCAGAAAUGGACCAGAAGUGUGAAGUGGGGAAGUCGAGAGGAAUUGAGCGACUUAAAGCGGGAGGCGAAGAGGUUAGGAGUAAGUGUAAUAUGGGACGCUGUCUUGAACCACAAGACAGCAGGGGAUGCAACAGAGGAGUGUUGGGCAGUGGAGGUAGACAAAGAAGACCGCCGCAUUGAACUUGGAGAUCCUAGACCGAUCGAAGCAUACCUCCGCUUCGACUUUCCAGGUAGGAAGGAAGCGGGCAUGCCGUACAGUGACCUUAUCUGGCACGCAGAGCACUUCAACGGUACAGACUGGGACGCCAAAGCUAGACAGAACAAGAUGUUCAAGCUCAUUGAUGAUCCAUCCAACCUUCCAGAGUCCUAUGCGGAGCAGGUGCGGUUGUGGAAGUCCACUCGAUCUACGAUCCUUGCAAAGAACCACAGUGCUAGCCCGGCCGAAGAGGCUUGUGAGCAGCCGCCACCCCCUCCUCGACGACCAGGUAGAGGCUGGGCCAACGACGUUGAUGACAUGCACGGCAACGCCGACUAUCUCAUGUUCUCCAACAUCGAUUACACGCAUCCAGCUGUACGACAGGACACGCUGAAAUGGGGUGAGUGGAUGGUCGACAUAAACGGCGUGGACGGCUUCCGGCUGGAUGCAGUGCAGCAUUUCUCAUACAACUUCACCCGUGAAUGGAUCGCUCGUGUCCAAGCGGCGAGUCAGAGGAAGCGCAGCGAGCCCGCUUUCAUCGUUGGCGAAAUAUGGACUGGCGAGGUGGACCGCAUUGUCAAGUGGCUCGAUGUUGUGGGUGGUGGCGCUUUCGCAUACGAUAGUCCGUUGCUGUACAACUUCAGCCGUAUAUCCGAGGACGUCCGAACCAACAGUAAGAACUCCGACCUCCGCACUAUACUCCGAGACAGUCUGUUGGAGCACCGGCCGCAUGCGGCGGUAACGCUAGUAACGAACCACGAUACACAACCUGGACAGACGAGCUUCACGCCAAUGCUGCCGGAGUUGAAGGCACUAUGGUACGCUUUCAUCCUACUAAGAAGUGAAGGGUACCCUUGCGUAUUCUGGGGCGACUUGUACGGUAUGAAAGGACACAAGGCCGAGGCUCCAGCUUGCUUAGUAUCGGACGGGAAGGGUGGGAAGAGGAGUCUGCUUCCCGAUCUAAUGCUCGCAAGGAGACUCUUUGCGUUCGGCGAGCAGAAGGACCAUCUGGACAGCAUGACCUGCGUCGCCUGGACGAGAGAAGGACAUUCAGCCAAGCCCGGCAGUGGAUGCGUCGUACUGCUGUCGAUCGAUCCUUGGCCGUUGACCGAGAGAGAGCAAAGGAAGGGUUGGUUCGCUCGGACACGAAGCGGUAACCCGAAGACGGUGACUAAGAAGAUCCCGUUUGGAAAGCCGGGUGAGGUGUAUAUCGAUCUGUUGGCGAACGCGGAGGACCGGAUUGGGGUGAUUAUCGACAGUACAGGGGCUGGCACAUUUGGCUGUAAAGCUGGCACCCACGCCGUCGCCGUCUUCGUGAGGAGCGGUGCAGUCGGAGUGGACCAAUUCCCGGUGCCCUUCGUUGCGGAUGCAUACAAGGCGUGAGCUGUUGUAAGUGACGACGGCGAGAAUCACCGGAUUCGAAGCAGACUGGAACUGUCGCCUGACGGCUCCCCACAGAUAGCAUUGAGUAAAUCAGUGCUGAUCAUUGCUACCCUCCACUUUCCGCAUAUCUCCCUCCUCUCAGAUAUCCGGUAACAUGCAUCUAGUGGAACCGAUCUAGGAUGUUAUUGUACAGCAAGUCUCACAGAGGAUCCGAUAGUACGAUCGCAGAAGUAUGUCUUGUCAAGUGUCGAAAUUGAUUCACACAACGUGUAAGGAGAAAGCAGAGAGUUAAGGCUACAUGAACGAUGC